CAUCUUUAUCAUGCUAUCUAGCAUUUUGGAUGGAUGAGGUAGCAGGUGACGGAAUAAUGAGUCAAAAAAGAAAGGCGACCGGGGAUUUUCCUAGCCCGAAAAGGCUACAGAAGCUACCGACGCUGGAUGAUGAUGUCGACCCGAUUUAUCGAGAGGAAGACUCCGAUGUCGAAUAUACAUUUUCGGACAGUGACAGUGAAGCGGGCGACAGUCUUCACGAAACGCCUGCAACGCCCAUGUCGACAACAUCCUCCAGAUAUCCUUCCGAGCUGAAAACUCACCGCUGCCCGUUCGACGGUUGCACCAAAGCGUUCAACCGCCCAGCACGCCUUCAAGAGCAUCUACGCUCUCACAACAAUGAGCGUCUCUUCCAAUGUCCUCAAGAUGGCUGCGACAAGAACUUCCUCCGGGCAUCCCAUCUGAACCAUCAUGUCAAGAGCGCCCAUACAGGGAUCCGAGACUAUGUCUGCGAUCGUCCCGGCUGUGGAAAGAGCUUCGUGACAGGCUCCCGUCUCCGACGACAUCUGGCUGCGCACGACGGGCGGGAUAAGUACCGAUGUACAGAGUAUCCGCCCUGCGAUGAAACCUUCCGAAAACACACGACCCUUCAAAAACACAUUUUGAGCGCCCAUCUCAACCAGAAACCUUUCCCGUGUGCACAUUUUGAUCCAGCCAGUGGCCAACGAUGUUCCAUGGCCUUUGAUACCGCUGGACAUCUCCGCGCGCAUGAAAGCCGAGUCCACACCGAGAAACGCUUUACUUGCGCCGAAUGCGCUCAGCGUGCGGAUCUCGAACAAAUUACCACGAACACCACAGUAGCAGGAGGACCAGCAACAUUCCCUUCCUACGCCCUCCUCCAAGCCCACAUUCGCGCCGCGCAUCCACCACAAUGCCCGCACUGCCCACUCACCUGCUCCACCACCCGCGAACUCCGCCGCCAUCUGGAAGUCGCCCACGGCAACGUCCCCCUCUCGGACCGCAAAGUCUUUCCCUGUACUGUUCCCGGAUGCGACAGCAGCUUCACAAAGAAGGGCAACCUGACUGUGCACGUGCGCACCGUCCACCAGGGAGAGAAGCGUUUCGUUUGCGGGGAGACCGACCUCUCGGCGUCGAAGCGCGUCGCCGGCUGGCCCGGCGGUGCCGUCCACGGCUGCGGCAAGCGCUACGGGAGCAAGCUGGCCCUCGAGGAACACAUUCGCACGGCACACAUGGGCUUUCCAAACGCCAAGGCGGAAAGACGCCAGCGGCUGGGCUUGACGCCGAAGGUCUCCGCCCAGCAGCGAAGUAAUGCGGCCGCAGCAGGCGCAGGAGCAGGACCGUCGGCGUUGGCAGCGCUGACGGGCGCCGGUUAUGCCGAGGAAACGGGCCGCCAGAUACCGUGCAUGCAGGGAGGGUGCGCGCAUCGCUUCCACCGGAACUACGACCUCUGGGUGCAUAUGGGGAGCAAACAUGGCUACUCGGAGGAUGAGAUUCGAGACCUGUUCAUGCAGAAAGCCUUGCUGGCGGAGGAUGGCGAGCAACAGUCUUCUUCUACUGCUGCUGCUUCUACGACUGCAGCCACGAUGACGGCGGCGAUGAUGGGAGAUCUUUUUGGGCUGUACGGAUUGGAGUUUGACAACGACGACGAUGGGCCAGGCUACGAGCCGUAUGGCCUUAGUGGGAAGUCGGUUGCUGCCGGCCCAGCGGUUCAAUAUGGGAAUGGGGAGGAGAGUGGUGGCGGUGGUGGCUACACAGCGGGAGGGUUUCCCUCGCAUAAUGAAAUGAUACACGAUAUUGAUUCCAAGAUACCCAGCGCGGCGGGUCCUACUGUUGAUGACCUGGCGAUGAUUGAUCCUUUGUUGGAGUUUAAUAGCAUGGCGGCAUAAAGAAAAGUUCUGAUAUUGUUGGGAAUCUGAUUGAUCUAGUUUCUCUUUCGG